AUGUAUGUUGGUCACUUCCAUGAGCCAACAAUUAUUUUGGAAGCCGUUGCGUCAUACGAUCUUUGGAUAUGGCAUGUAUUUUUUGGGUUACCAGGAUCUCAUAAUGAUAUUAACGUCUUGGAAAGGUCAAAUCUCUUUACUGAACUUACUGAAGGUCGUGCCCCUCCAGUUAAAUACUCUAUUAAUUAUCAUGAGUAUACGAUGGGAUAUUACCUUGCUGAUAGUAUACACCCACAAUGGUCAACAUUUGUAAAAACAAUUUCUGCUCUACAAGGAAAUAAGAGGAAAAAAUUUGCACAAGCUCAAGAAUCAGCAAGAAAGGAUGGAGAGCGAGCAUUUGGGGUCCUCCAAGCACGCUUUGCAAUUGUACGUGGACCAGCGCGCUUUUGGGAUCAAGAAGUACUAAAAGAUAUUAUGAAAGCAUGUAUCAUAAUGCAUAAUAUGAUCAUUGAAGACGAGCGAGAUAUUAAUCAAUGCGAUUUCAACUAUGAUGCAAUCAAUGAAAGUCCAAUUAUAUCAUUGUCUCGUGAGCGCACACCACAAUUUCUUGAUUUUAUUCAAGCCCACCAUCGCAUUAGAGACAGACAAACAGAUUCUCAGCUUCAGGCAAAUCUUAUUGAGCAUUGUGGCAACGACAUGGUGGAGACUAGGAAGCAUUAUAUAGGGAGCCUCUCUAUUGUCUUUGAUUUGGAAGAUGUUCACAAGGACCCUAUAUUUGGAAUAUGGGAUAGGGAGCUUGUUGGAGCCAAUUAUUCAACUCCUACUCCCUAA